AUGUUCACUUGGAACGAUCCGGUAUCGAAACGUGUGCUCACACUGCUGUCUGGUGAGGAUGUGAGUCAACAGCAUGUACAAUGACUCUCGGCUUAAUAUCCUCGGUGAUAUCAUAAUUGGUGCUCAACAAAUGUGAGCCCUGAAUAUACGUUGACCUAUGAAACGACGUUGGGCGCCAUCCCGUAGUAUGACCUGUUCGAAGGCUGGGUAGGUUGUGGUUCGCAUAUGUAUGCCUAUUUGGGGCCGGCCUAAAUUCACAGUGCUGAUUCCUAGAAAAUAACAUUGGAAUCAAUCACCAAUCGAGCUUGGUGGGUUGGCCACAAAGUCUUUGUGAUGAAUGUUUUCGGGGCAGAGUGUAUGCAGCCGAGGUUCUGCCUUCUCCUGAAUCUCUAUGGUCUCUAAUCUAGUUUUAGAAAUUAAAAUGCAAACUUAUCUUCAGCGAUGCCGUCGUUAGAGCCUUGGAAUAAACUUGAAUGCUUGUCCAAUGACUUCAUUAGUUUUUUUCUAACUCCAAAUACUUGAUACAAUUUAUCAGGUAUGAGUCUAACAAUUGCUUCCUCUUUUGAGAACUAAGUUGAAAUAAAUAAAACCUUUUUGCCUGCGAUUCACCCUGAUUAUUCCGAUUUCUAAGGUUCCUGUUUACCACGUAUUUGAGGAAGAAAUCGAACCAGUGGGUCUUCCCGAAAAUGAGGACGAUGACUUCUUAGAAAUGUCCGAACGUGAAUUAGACAACGCUACAAGUACAGUCUAUCAGUCAGAGGCGUCAGGGACGCCUUCGGCGAGUUCGAUUGGAGAUGGUUAUACGGAGAAUAGCGUGGCUUACGAGGAUUUCGUAACUGCUGAUGACUCGGCGGCUCUUGGCAUUCAGCCCACUGAAACCUGGGAGGCGGACCUGUUAAUGUCGUUGACAAACAUGACUGCGUAG